AUGGCCGGUGGUGGCUGCGGGUCCCGGGGUGGGGGGCGAAGGGCGGGUCGGGGCGCAGCUAACGGUUCGCGGCUCUCCGUCCCGGGCCCCUCCGGCCCUGCUCACCGGCCGCCCGCGGCCAGCGCCGGCCCCCGCCCCCCGCCCGCCCCACGCCCCGCCACAAACUUUGGCAGACACAUUUCCUCGGGAAGAAAAAAAGUUGGGGGAGGAAGUGACGUGCCGCGGGGCUGGGGAGCCCACGGGCCAGCCCGGCCCACGGGGGACCAGCCGGUCCAGGGGCGACCCCGGCCCACGGGGGAUCAGCCGGUCCACGGGCGAGCCCGGCCCACGAGGGACCAGCCGGUCCAGGGGCGACCCCGGCCCACGAGGGAUCAGCCGGUCCAGGGGCGACCCCGGCCCACGGGGGAUCAGCCGGUCCAGGGGCGACCCCGGCCCACGGGGGACCAGCCGGUCCAGGGGCGACCCCGGCCCACGAGGGACCAGCCGGUCCACGGGCGAGCCCGGCCCACGAGGGAUCAGCCGGUCCAGGGGCGACCCCGGCCCACGGGGGACCACCCGGUCCACGGGCGACCCCGGCCCACGAGGGAUCAGCCGAUCCACGGGCGACCCCGGCCCACGAGGGACCAGCCGGUCCAGGGGCGACCCCGGCCCACGGGGGACCACCCGGUCCACGGGCGACCCCGACCCACGGGGGACCAGCCGGUCCACGGCCCACGAGGGACCAGCCGGUCCAGGGGCGACCCCGGCCCACGGGAGACCAGCCCGUCCAGGGGCGACCCCGGCCCACGGGGGACCAGCCGAUCCACGGGCGACCCCGGCCCACGGGGGACCAGCCGGUUCACGGGCGACCCCGGCCCACGGGGGGACCAGUCGACCCACGGGCAAGCCCGACCCACCGGGGGACUAAUAAUAAUGGUGUCCUGGCUCGGUGCACGGCGCUCUACUCAGCGCUUCCAAAGUUCAACCCGGCAACAUUCGUUCCAUCGUAUUCAUUGA